UGGUUAAAGUUUUACUUAGCAUCUAUCCAAAAAUUGUCAAUUUCCCAAAUUCACUGCCCAAUACGGCGGCGUUACCACAACUACCGCCCAAUCUAGCGGCCGCAUUACCGCCACGACACCACCACCACCUGUCGUAUAAAUUGAAUUUCAAGGUACCGACUGUGGGAAGCAUACUUGCUUCUUCAAGUUGAAGUUAACAAUGAUGAUAGGAACUGUUUGUGCAAGGAGAAGUAUAUCCACAGUUUCUUGUUUAUGUCAAAGAAUUAAGCAGACAGAAAGUGAUAUUGUUAAAAUGUUUGAAAUCUCAAGGCCUAAGGCCGAAACAGAAGGCACUCAAGAGAAGAGACCACCCUUAAGAAGGGGUUCUGUAAGGAUAUUGGAUGAGAGGUUUAUCAGGAUUCUGAAGAUAUUUAAGUGGGGUCCUGAUGCUGAAAAGGCAUUGGAAGUGCUAAAGUUGAAAGUAGACAAUGAAUUGGUUCGAGAGGUUAUGAAAAUAGACACGGAGGUCAGUGUGAAAAUUCAAUUUUUUAAGUGGGCUGGUAAAAGGAGGAACUUUGAACAUGACUCUACUACUUACCUGACUUUGAUUCGAUGUCUUGAAGAAGCUGGGCUGACAGGUGAAAUGUGGAAGACGGUGCUAGAAAUGGCACGGAGUACAUGUGUUAUUACUCCUGCUGAUCUAUCUGAGACUGUGAGAAUUUUGGGCAGGGCAAAGAUGGUAAACAAAGCACUAUCAAUAUUUUACCAUAUUAAAGGUCGCAAGUGCAAGCCAACUGCAACCACUUACAAUUCCAUUAUUAUGAUGCUGAUGCAAGAGGGUCAACAUGAAAAAGUGCAUGAGCUUUACAGUGAAAUGUGUAAUGAGGGCAACUGUUUCCCUGAUACAGUAACCUACAGUGCUCUUAUAUCGUCCUAUGCAAAGUUAGGUCGUGAUGAUUCUGCUAUUAGGUUAUUUGAUGAAAUGAAGGACAAUGGUUUACAUCCCACUGCAAAGAUAUAUACAACCUUGUUAGCAGUUCACUUCAAAAUGGGCAGGGUCGAAAUGGCUUUAGCAUUGGUCGAUGAGAUGAAGAAGAAUGCUUGUGCCCCAACUGUGUAUACUUACACUGAAUUGAUAAGAGGGCUUGGUAAAGCUGGUAGAAUCGAGGAAGCGUAUUCUAUAUUUCUGUCCAUGAUAAAAGAUGGAUGUAAGCCGGAUGUUGUGUUGAUAAACAAUGUGAUAAACCUUCUAGGAAGGGGAGGACGUAUAGGUGAUGCGUUUAAAUUGUUUAAUGAAAUGGAAUCAUUAAACUGUAAACCGAAUGUUGUGACAUAUAAUACUGUUAUAAAAUCCCUGUUUGAGUCGAAAGCGCCAAUAUCCGAGGUUUCAUCUUGGUUUGACAGAAUGAAAGCAAAUGGUGUUGCUCCAAGCUCUUUUACUUAUUCAAUACUUAUUGAUGGGUAUUGCAAGAAAAAUAGAGUUGAAAAAGCCUUAGCUUUGCUUGAGGAGAUGGACGAGAAGUGCUUUCCUCCUUGUCCAGCUGCCUAUUGCAGCUUGAUCAAUAGCCUUGGAAAAGCAAAACGCUAUGAAGCUGCUAAUGAGUUGUUUCAAGAACUAAAAGAGAGUUGUGGAUCUAGCAGUUCUCGGGUAUAUGCUGUAAUGAUAAAGCACUUCGGGAAAUGUGGCCGUUUGACUGAGGCUAUCAAUCUUUUCAAUGAGAUUAAAAAGCUGGGAUGUUCUCCUGAUGUAUAUGCACACAAUGCACUCAUGUCCGGGCUGGUGAGGUCAGGUAUGCUAGAUGAGGCUUUUUCCAUGUUUCGUAGUAUGGAAGAAAAUGGUUGUGCUCCCGACUUAAACUCAUUUAACAUAAUACUAAAUGGUUUGGCCAAGACUGGUGACCCGCAGCGAGCGAUCGAGAUGUUUACAAAAAUGAAACAUUCAACAAUUAAGCCUGAUGCUGUCUCUUACAACACCAUUCUUGGUUGCCUAAGUCGUGCUGGCAUGUUCGAGGAAGCUGCAAGACUGAUGAAAGAGAUGCGUACCAAUGCUUUUGAAUAUGAUCUUAUAACAUACUCCUCAAUACUUGAAGCAGUCGGUCAUGUUGAUGAGGAUGGUACAUGUCAAACUUCAUGAGGGAGCUUUGGUAUGGGAGAUUCUUCUAGUUAGUGCUUUUCUUUAUUUACACUAUUUAGGACAUGGGAACCGUUUAAAUCAUCUUGGCCUGGCAAUGUGCGCAGCUCUAUGUAGGGUUUUACGAUGCUCUAGUAAAAUUGAGUGGCAAAUAAUUGCAGCAUUUUGGUUAUUCUCCCUGCUGGUGUUGGCUUCUGCAGAUAUGUGAUUGAAUUUUCACUUUGGGGUAAGGGUUUAAAGUGGUAUGUUCAGCACACAUAUUAGCAUGCAGACGGAAUCUUCCUCCUGUUUUGUCGAAUCACUGAGUGGAAUUGGUAGCACCCUGUAACAAAAGACGAAGGAUGGUUAGCUUUUGGCAGUUGGACCUGAUUAGUUUCCUUUUGCUUCAUGAUUCUCUCUGUCAUAAAUAUAUCUAAUUCCAACUGUGGGUACGUGAGUUACAAAAUUUCCAUUAGUGAGUGUUUCUUCUGCCAUUGGUAGUUCCUUUGUUUGAAGAAGUGAGAGCUUGCUUUGGGACACUGUGGUUCUGGCCUUAUAUAAAAAAUUCCUUUGGGAAGGAGGAAUGGGGAGAAGGUAAAUUUCACUUGUCCUUCUGCAUAGGAUAUUUUUCACCAGAAUCCACUGCUUUGUGCUCCUGGAUAUUUGACAUCUGCUUUUUAUCUCCUUAGAGUAUGGCAAAAACUAUUUUAUAUGGGCUUGGUGUUCCUUAAAGAUCCAAUGAAGUUCAUUUUUUUCCUUAUUGACCCCUGUGGCUACAUGGAGGCUGGAGCUAGCAAUCCUUGGCCUUCUGUCGGUUAAGUAGAUCAUUGUGAAUCUUUUGUGACCCUUCUUGCUGCAGUUUCUGAAGCUAGCGAGCUUCUGUGAUCAAUUUACUCAUAAUUAUGUUUAGAAAUUUCAAAUGUCAAGGAUUAUCUACCCUCCCUUUCUCCUCUCUCAAAAUGACCAGGGUGUAACUAUUGCUUCCUACAAGUGAAAUUCUCCAGUAACCUUUUGGUGCACCAAUUUCGGGUCUAGAAUGAGACGGGGUUGGAGGCAUCAGGAUCACUCAUCCAGCUCAUUUUCUCUUCAGUUGCCAAAAGGACACUGGUGGUGGCUGCCAUAAUUGUUGUAUCUGGUGUAGAAUUUUCCUCAUCAUCCAAGCUGCAAAACUACGUGCAUCAUACAGUGCAUAAUAGUCCCUUGAAGCCAGCAACACUGCAUCACCAUACUGAACUUAUGUAUAGUUAGGUGCAGCCACCAGUUUGAAACCGAAGUUAUUCUUGUUUUACACAACUAUUGCACAAGGAUGAAAACGCUGACCUUAUCCGUCUUGAGGUUCAACUAUUGAUACAGAUACUAUCGAUUCGGAUGCAUGCCAGGUCUUAUUGUCUUAACAUAUAACAAGCUGACCAAUUGCCAUAAAUCUCUUGGAGAGAGAGCUAUCAUAUCUUGUGUGGGUAUCACCAAGGAAUGCUGAAAUGUAACAUCUUUUUUGAUAAGUUGCUCAAAUGUACUAAUGUUACAGGGAACUCUUUGAAGUUAUGUUCACCAUGGGAAGUCUGCCCUUUUGAGAAUAUUGAAGGCAAUAUUUUCGAUAUUGGGAAUACAUGUAACAAUUGUAUAUAAAAACACCCACUUCGAAUGUUACUGUAAUAUUUCGAAUAUCUUGUUGAUAGGUGUGUGGUUACAGUUAGAAAUGUCUCCAAUUGCAGCUUCUGUUAUAACCACCAGAAGCCUUUAGAUGGAAAAUAGCAGCACAUAGUAGUGUUAGUAUAUUGUAGUAUGAAGGAUGAUCUAAAACAAUGUUAGAAUAACAUUGAUGAUAAAUGUCAAAUGAGCAGACAUUGCUUUUUUUGCUC